AUGUCAAAAAGAAAUAGUACAAAGAAUGAUAUAAAAUUAUCCGAUGUUGGUGUUGCACAAUGGAUGGAUUAUCAAAUUAUUUUACAAGAAUGGAAAAUUGGGAAACUAUCAUCAGAAAUUAAAAAUAGUAUUGUUAAAGAUAUGAGUAGUCUUAGUGAAUUCAGAGGACAAUCGAUAAAUGCAAAUGAAUUAGAAUCAAUGAUUGGAGAUUGGUCAAUUUAUCCAAUUACAAAUAAAUUUAAAAUUAUUGCACUUUGGAAAAUAAUUGAAAAUCAUAGAAAUAAACAUAAUCUUGGUUAUAUUUUAAAAUCAAAUGUAUUAGAAAAAACAAACAAAUCAAAACAAAAUAAUAAUGGUUUUAAUGGUCAUAAAGGUAAUUUUAGUGAAAAUGAAAUUAGAAAAACCAAUAAUUAUAGAAUUAUCAAAAAACAAAAAAUUGAAUUUGAAAAAAACAAUAAAAAUACUAUAAUCACAAGAAAAAAUAACAAUAAUAAUAAUAGUAAUAAUAAUAAUAAUAAUAAUAAUAACUAUAAUCAAAAAAGUAACACCACAAUGGAUAAUAAUUAUUCUGAUGAUGAUUAUCAAAAUGAACAAAAUGAAUUUGAAGAAGAGGAUUAUGAUUCCAAUGAUGAUGAAAAUGAUAGCCAUGAUGAAAAUGAAAAUUUUAAUAUAAUAAAACCAAAAACAACAAACCAAUUGAAGAGAAAGGUUUCCUCAUCUUUUACAAAUAAUAAUUAUCAUGUUAAUAAUAAUAAUAAUAAUAAUGAUAACAUUAACAAUUUCAAUAGCAAUAGCAAUAGCAAUACUAGUAAUAAUAAUAAUAAUAAUAAUAGUGAUAAUAAUAUUAAUAAUAAUAAUAAUAAUAACAAUAAUAAUAAUAAUAAUAAUAAUAAUAAUAAUAAUAAUAAUAAUAAUAAUAAUAAUAAUAAUAAUAACAUAAAUAAUAAUUACAUCAAUAAUAAUAAUAAUGAUUCUUGGAACAAUCAAUUUCAAAAUCAAUUGAUGUAUUGUAAUAAUUAUCAAGCACAGUACCAACAACUACACCCAAACCAUUAUCAACUUCAAUACCAACAGCAACAACAAAAUAUAAAUAAUAAUAUUAAUGCUAAUAAUAAUAAUAAUAAUAAUAAUAAUAAUAAUAAUAAUAACAAUCUCAACGAUAGUACUCCUAAUAACCAAACAAAUAAUGAUUUAAAAUCAUCAAAUCAUAGCAACUAUGAUUUUAACUAUAAUACCAAUGAAAGACUCUCUCACUCACCAAUACAAACUCAUAGUUCUAGUAAUAAUUCAACACCAAGUAAUCAAUCACCAACUUUCCCUUCAAACUAUAUUUCUCAAAAUGCUAAUAUCAACUAUAAUCCAAAUCAAGGUAGUAUGUUUUAUCCACCACAACAAUUCUAUGUUGAAUCUAUGUUUUAUCAACAACAAUUGCAACAACAACAACAACAACAACAACAAAUUGCUCAACAACCAGUUUCACAACAAAAUAAUAAUGUAGAAACAAAUCAAGAUAAUGUACAACAACAAUAA